CACGUCCGUGCUGGCAGUUUCAGAAGUCUUUAUAUAGCCAGACAAAUCCGUGACAGCUUCAUUUUAAUCCAAGUUACCAUUCUGCUAACAUAGGGUAGUGUAGAGAGUAGGCAGAGAUUCAAAACAGAUAUCACAUUUACAUUUCUGAUUUUUAAUUAAGUAGCCAACAUUUUAGACUUUGUCGGUCAAAGUUAUGUUAGCUAGAGGUUUCAUCAGCUUCUCCUUCACAAUGCUUAUGAUGACCAUAUAUACAGGCACGAUGGGAGAUAAACAUCAGCAUCAUCAUCAUUAUCAUCAUCAUCAUUAUCAUCAUUAUUAAGGACAUCACUGAUUUAUGAAAUAAGAGACCCAGUGGCUUUCAGAGUAUUGAUUCUUUCUAAGUCAAAUCAAGAUGCUGAUAAGUACAUCGAGACGACCAUGGAGCCUCAAGAUGAAGUGGCGACACGGCAGAACUGCUCUUCCUGCAGAAAUGGAAGUUGGAGGCAUAACUGUCAGUGUGAAGAAGCACAUCAGAUCCCUGAGGAAGACCAUAGGGCAGCUGGAAUCAGUCCACCGGAGGAGCACUGCUUGCAGUCUAUCUGGUGGAGUGAUUAGUGCCGUCGGCGGUGUCACGUCCAUUGUCGGACUCAUCAUGGCUCCCUUCACCUUUGGAGCUUCCCUGGCGGUGACCGGUGUUGGGAUGGUAGUCACGGCAGCUGGCGGAAUCACCGGUGUUGCUUCCAACAUCACCAAGAUGACCCGCGAGAAGACAUGUCAGGAGAAGAUCAAAGAAAUCUUGGACGAUUGCAACAGCAGGCUCACCCCUGUUCUGAGCAAUCUGCAGAACUUUACUGGCAGUGUACAGGAUUGUCAGGCUUCAAUCAGCGCAGGCAAACCAUUAUCAGGUUUGAUCCAGAGAUUAAAGUUGACGCCAAUGGGUAAAGAGGCACCUGAGGCCACACGUCCAGUCGGUGUUAGUAGCAAAAUGACACCUAAGGUAAACGGGCUGUCCUUGAUUCUUGAUAUGGUCAGCAUUGCCAGUGAUGUCAGAGAGAUGCAAGAGAUCAGAAAGAGGGCCAAGGGUCGAAGACGAUCCGAGUCUGAAAUGCUGAUGUUCAUAACCCAGGUGGAGGAAGCAGCCAGAGAGUUAGAGAUGACAGUGUUUGAGUUAGACAGACUGGAAGGGAUUAAUCUCUCUUAGUGUGAGGAUUUGUUGUCAAUUAUCAAGACAGAAAUCCUUGUGCUUGUUGAGGUAAAACAGCCGGGAAAGCCUGUCAAGAACAUCCAAGUCAAAAAGAUCAUGAAUCUUUGGCCAAUCAGAGACCUGGGAAUGUUUAGAAUAAUGGGGAGAAUGCCAUAAACCAAAAACUCCCCAUUACUUUUUCCCCUAUAGCAAACCCUGAAAAUUGAACUUUUCAGCAUCUUUUGAUUUUUAAAAUCCUUUCAAAAACUGAAGAAAAGUUUGUAAGAAUAACAGUUUUCUGUGACCUAAAAACAGAUUUUACAUUACUGGCAAUGUACGUUAUCAUCAGUCUGUGCAGGUAAACCAGUAUCAGGUAUGAUCCGGAUAAUAAGAGAAAUACAGACUUUGCAUGUGGAUGAAAGAUGAACACUGUUACACACAUGAAUCCAAAAGAAUAUCUUUGUUACGGUGGAUAUGCCCUUAAUGUUGAUGUUUAUGUCCUCUCCUGGACCUAAAGCAGUUUUACAUUUACUCAUUUAGCGGACGCUUUUUACAUGUCAGUCCCCACCAUGCUUUGCUCAAGGGCACAAUGGUGGAAGGUGGGAAUUCAACCCACAACUUUUCAGGAUAUAUGCCAGCUCAGCUCCUUACCAUUACACCACUUGUUUUCCUGAGAAAGUUGUUCAUUAUUAAUGAUCCAGUUUGUAGUUUGUACUGUACAUAGACUUAUAUGUCUUAGUUUAGAUUUAAACAACCAUUUUUUGCUUAUUGCAAAUUGUUCAAUCAAUUCAGAGACUAUUGUUAAUGGCAUAGUUGUUAUAUUGCUGGUUGGAGAUUUUCUUUGGGUUUAUUAUUUGGGUGUACAAUAAUAUCAAACAUGGAUUAUUGUGAUGAUGGGAUUGGAGCACUACUUUUGCAUACUAUGGUUUUGGGAUACACACCCCAGGCCGACACUAUACCAAGUUAGCUUUGAAUACUAUUUUAUCCUCUUGUCAAAAUAAAGGUUGCUUGCUAUUUCAAACAUUCA